AUUUUUGUACUUUUUUUUUUAAAAAGAUGUAUGAUACAAACCAAACAACUUUUUUGUCAACAAUUCACAUGCUUAAUCUUGAGCAACUUCACAGUGAAAUUUCAAUGUUGAAUAAUUCAAUUAAACACUUGAUUCGUUCUAAUAAUGAGUUAAAAGUAUAUACAGAAGAACCUUGGGCAGAAGAAACCAUUAAAGAAAAUGAAGAAGUAAUUUUGAGACAAAAAACAAAAAUAGGGAUGAUUUCGAAAGAAAUAGAAAAGAGGAAUGCAUUAAAAGAUAAUAGUACAUAA